ACGGACUCUUCACUUUAGAUGCCGCACCUAUGUCGGAUUCUCCAAAAAUACACUAGUUUUUGAGAAUCCGACAUGCUGACAAUUUUGGAAAGUCCGAGCAACAUAGUUCUUGACUACAUAUGCUUUCAUAAUUACACAUCUAAUAUUUAGAGCCUCAUGGAUGCUAAUAGAAUUGAGUCGUCGAUUCUUUUGCUUAUUGGAUCUUUUCAUUAUCACAUAUUGUUACGUGGCAUUAUCAGCUUAGUUCUUAGCUAAGACAUUUCUUUUCACUUUAUUCUGCUUGUCAAAUUAUAUAUCCAGUAGAUAGAUCAGUAUGACAUAUGUACAUUCUUUUUCUUCUUUUUUCUUUUACAGAUAUGUCCUGCAAACAUUCUUUAGUUCGAAUAUAUAGUAAUAUCCCAACUGCUCUUACGCUAUAUGCCGUUGAAUGAUAUUAGGAGACGUCUAGAUUUAGUUUUGGUCGACUACAAUGGACAGGUAUUUUUGGUGCUAAUUGAAAUAAUAGCUGAGUUUUCUUGUCCUUUGUUUUUAGGUGGCGGAUCCAAAAAAAAAAUUGUUGGCGGUCAUUCCUACAUGGCAUUCAUGACAGCAAACCUCCUUGCACAUGCCCCUCAUUUUUUCUGUUGUGGAAUUGCUCGUUCAGGUGCUUAUAACAGAACACUAACACCUUUUGGGUUCCAGGUAAUUGACCAUAUCAUCAAUUCUGCUGCAAAAUCAAAUUACCUGUCAGUUGGUCAGAUAUCUGUUCCCUUUUUCUUCAGGGGUCCUAAUGGCGCUUUAGCUGGCCCAACAUUCUCAGUCGACAGUUGCUCUUGGAUCACAUUACUGUUUAGCUAGCAUCACGUGCUGCUGAUGAGCUGGGGUAUGGCAAGCACCAGGACUAUUGAAGAUGGAAGAUUCUAUAAGGAAAGUGUGAGAAUUCAGCAUCUGUAUUGACCUUUUAGUUGGAAGUGUUUUCUAUGCUUUUCCUUCUUCCCUGCCUACGAAACAAGCGAGUUUGUACCCCACCAUCCUUAAUGUUUUCUCUUUGAUGUACUUUGGUUGUUUAAACUCUUCACCAUGUAUUUGUAAAAAUAAAAGUUGCAGAAGUUGUUCUUUCAAAGACGAGCCACUAUAGUAGAUCGAUGUAUAAGUAUGUUGCAUCUUAAUUAUAAAUAAACUGUGUGCAACACGGUUCAUUUGCAACUCCAA